AUGCGCGCCUCGCUUCCAGCAGUCUCGGAGGUAAAUGUCAAAAAUAUUACGGACUUGGUUGGGAUAGAUCGUGUGACGUUCGUGGCACAUCUGAAGAAAGACGACGGUUCUAUGAGGUCAAAGUUCACAAAGGUUGCAGAGACAUUCCAUGACCAGUUCGUCUUUGGGAUUGCGGACGACAAGAGACUGGCAGCGAAAGAGAAGAUAGAGCUUCCCUCUAUCAUUGCUUAUCAGACGGAUGUUGGCGAUCAAGAGGUUCUGCAUGGCGUCGUAAAACCCUCCGUCAUUGAGAGCUUCGUCCGUGAUGCAGGCAAGCCCCUCAUAGAUGAGCUGACUCGACGAAACGAACUCAAUUACAUGAGCUCCAAUAAACUCAUCGCGUAUAUAGUCGUCAGCGACGAAGCCGACCGCGCCUCACUCCGUCGAAAGCUUCACCCUGUCGCAAAGCAGUACAAGGGCUACGUCAACUUUGUCACCAUCAACGCCAUUGAAUAUGGCCACAUGGCCGCAAGCCUUGGGCUGCAUAGGGGCCACUGCCCCAUGUUUACCUUGUACAGUGCCUGGAAGGAUCAGGUGUUUCCAUAUCCGACGGUCGAACAAAUCGAGGCGGACAACAUAGAAGAAUUUCUGUUGGAGAUCUUGCAUGGGAAGAGGGCGCCAUGGAACCCGGCCGGUGCGGGACAUGGACAGCAUGACGAGUUGUAG